CUACCCCACACUACAGUUGGCAGAGAAGGGAUGAGUGGAGUUAAUGAUUACCCCAACAGUAGCCAAAACCGAAUGUCCCUGCUGUGCUCCAAGCCGGGCAUUUGGGUUCUGGAGAGAGCAAGAUGUCUUUGCUCUUUGGGGUUGGGGUAGCCUUCCUGAGUCUGGUGCUGGCGGCCAGAGGACAGAAGACAGAGCCCUUAAGCGGUCUCGGCGACCAGGCACCUUUCCGUGGAGCAGAUCGCUAUGACUUUGCCAUCAUGAUCCUCCCAGGAGGAACAGAAUGCUUCUGGCAAUUUGCACACCAAAGUGGAUACUUUUACUUCAGUUAUGAGGUUCAGCGGACAAUGGGACUUUCACAGGGCCGGCAUAUAACUGCCACUGCUCAUACCCCAAAAGGUUUUCUCAUUGAUAAAUCUCAGGAUAUCCGAGGUCAGAUCAACUUUUCUACCAAAGAAUCAGGCUUUUACCAGCUUUGUCUCGGCAAUCAACAAAACCACUUUGCCUCUGUACAAGUGUAUAUCAAUUUUGGAGUCUUUUAUGAGGGGGCAGACCUGGAAAAUAAUCAGAGGAAUGAGGAGAGACAAAAACUGAAUGAUACCUUGGAUGCCAUUGAGGAAAGUACACGAAAGGUUCAGAUAAAUAUCUUUCACAUGUGGAGGUACUACAAUUUUGCCCGCAUGAGGAAAGGAUCUGACUUUUUCAUUCUCCAAUCAAACUAUAACUAUGUGAACUGGUGGUCAAUAGCCCAGAGUAUCGUUAUUGUCCUUUCUGGGAUCUUGCAGUUGUAUUUCCUGAAGCGUCUCUUCAAUGCCCCCCAAGUCACAGACCCAAGAAAGCCAAGAUGCUAA